CUCAUAAAAUAGCCACAGAGCGCUCUAAGUGAAGAAUUCUCACUAUCUACACCGACGGCUGCCGCCACAAGCGUACAAUUGGGGGCUUUCGUUGCAUCUUGAAGGCAGAUGGCUGGAAGCUUGAGGGCUAUUGUUGAGCCAGGCUUCGAUUAUAGCAAUAUGCACAUCUUCAGGGGGUUUAUCAAACAUGUUGACAACUCAACCUAGGGAAGUGCUAGAGAAGCGUCGUCGACUUUGUCUACUUUGAGGCUGCAUAAACUAGCGUUAUAUCCUGCUGUUAGGGUGAAAAAUGGGUCAUGGUGGCAUUGGAAUAAGGUGAGGGUAUGUGUGGACAGCAGCUUCUCGAUGACCAGUCAGUCGGCAUGGACGUCUAUAAGAGAAGGCCCAGAUCUCCCUGGAUCCUAGGGAAUGGCCUUGGCUGAUCCUCUACCAUAAGGCAAUCUUCAUUGCAUCCCAACAGUCUUGAGUCGCUUCGAGCCCUGCCCAUUCUUUACCCCCUUUUUUUCUCAAUCAUCUUUCACACAAUGAAGACCACAGCCUUCCUCGCCCUGGCCGCCGUCGGCCUCGUGGCGGCCUCUCCCCAGCACAAGGUUGUCAAGCCCGUCAUCACGGCCAGGCAGAACAACGCGCAGGCCACUCCGGUGACGGCCACUGCCAUCGCGACCAUCUCCACCACGGCCACGGCUGCCAACCAGAUCAUCGUCGCCUCCACCACGGUCUUUGCCACGGCCACGCCCGAGACCACCACCGUCACCGUCACGUCGACCGAGACCGUGUCGGAGACCCCGAUCCCCACCGUCACCGUCACCGCCCACUGGGGUCACCACCACCACGGCGGUCACCAUCACCACGACGACUAUGAUGAUGAUGACUACGAUGACGAUGACUAUGGAAAGCAGAACUAAAAGUGUUGCCGAUCAAGUGGCAGCAGGCCGAUCUAGCACCUCCCUCUACACUCUUCUCCUUGCGUUGGGCAUGAGAGUAGUGUGGGAUGGGGAGGAUUGACUAGUACCAGGACCCUGUUCGGAGUCAAAUCCGACAUUUUUUUCUAUUUUUUUCCAUUGAUAUCCAAAAGUUUUCAUCAACAAAUACUUGUUUCGGACUCGGAACCGGACCCAAAGGAACAGGGGAUUAAAAGAAAAAGAAAAAGAGUCUCAACGUCCACCCAUCUGCAUGCAUCAGCCAGAGACGCCCAACAUUCAUUUCAACAGGUGUCUACAACUACUUUACUAUCCUCAGGAGGUUUUUCUUACACCAACCAGAAAGUCUCCCCCCCAAACAAAUCGACUGUCUGCACGAUGGAAGAAAAGCUUUUGGGUCAACACAAACCCUACUCUCCUUGACGACAUCAAAGCCCUCCUCCGGGUCUGAUCAACCCUCUCAUGGCGUUCCGCUCUUUUGUACCAUAUAUUUUUAUGGUUUACGCUCUUUUACUCUUGUUCAAUCUAGCCACUCGUUUCCCUUUUUUUCCCUUACAUAAUACCUUUCUGUAAGAGAGCUUUGAUGCAUUCAUGGUUUAGCUGGGAGCCUUGGCUUUCUUUUUUUUUCCUUGUUUAAUAGUUUUAUUUUCCUCUUCUCUCGGGAAUCUGAAGCGAUACUCUCUUGGGACCGGGGCGCUAGUCAAUCAAACAAAAGCAUAUAUGGGGACCGGGUCUAAUAAUCUUUUUAGAGUUUGAUAGUAAUAUGAACUCUUAUACUCAAGA